GCUUUAAAAAGGUGACAGGGAAUGGAGCUCACACAGCAGAGUAGACAGGCUGACAGCAGCUCAGAGACUUCAAAACACUGCUACACUGAGAAGGAAACACACACACUUCAGGAUGUCUGCUCCUCGUCUGGCUCUGUCUGUGCUUGUGCUGCUGGUGGCGGCCAUCGCUCUGAGUGAAGGUAAGACUAAGCUCCACCAUUACACACUCAGUCAGUGUGUGACCAUGACUCUGUUCCAGUGGAUGUGGAGAAGUAAAGCCUCUGUUUUUAAGAGUGAGAUAAAGUCAGUAGAGGUCUACAAAAAGACUGUCCUCAGUCAUAUGUUCUUAAACAGUUUUCCACUAUUAUUAGUCUUAUUUAUUUUCUUUAAAAAGUUUAAAAUGUACUUGAAAAUCUAUGUAAUAUAAUUUGCGUAUAAUAAUGAUAAUUAUUCAAUUUUAUUUGUGUUAUUUUAUUAAAAUUUACUGUAUUCUAAAUUUUAUUCAUUUUCAGUUUAUUAGUGUCAAAUUAAUUUUGUUUUCAUUUUUUAUUAAUCUACUCACUAAAUGUAUUUUUGUCUAAUUUCCAGUCAUUAUUUUUAAUUUAUUUUUAUCUACCUUAUCUUAAUUGGUUUAUUUGUUUGCUUUCAUUAAAUAGUUCUACAUUUUUAUUAUUUUAUUCCUGUUAUACUUUGGCCGGAAACAGCUUGACAACAAAUUCAAACCUUAAAUACAAAAAAAAAAAUUGCAAGGUUUAAGGACUUACUUGCUCGUUAAAUGAAAAAAUCCAUGCGUGAAUGGGAUGAAUGACAUCGGUAGAAAGUUGCUUUAAGCGGUCAGAAAUACACACCACUCUCUAUUCUGUCAUGGAACAACUGAACUGCAGGAAAAAGUUUAAAAAGAAGAAGUGUAGCUGCGAUGUAUGUCAUGCAGGCUGACAAGCGAUUAAAAGGGGAACAAUCAGAUGUCUAUGAGCCUGAGAGUUUGUUGUGGAUGAUCAUUUGACUUGUGUGCUGGCAGGUACACGUGGUGGUGGACCAAGGAGAUGCUGCUUUGACUUCAUCGAGACCCCGGUUGCUAGAGCCAGAGUCGUGGGCUACAUGAAGACUAGCCAGCGCUGCUCCAACCCCGCCAUCUUGUGAGUAAACAAAUCUGAACCGUAACAUUACCAACAUUAGUGUCUCUGCUCUGAACACACUGAACCUGACUUUAUCUCUUUGUGUGUGUGUGCUUAGGCUGAACAGGGUCAAGGGUCACCCACUGUGUGUCAGACCUUCAGCUCCUUGGGUGCAAAAGCUCAUCAGCAAGCUGGACAAAGUAGCCCCAGGACAGACAUCCCAUCUGUAACUGUGGCAACGCUGAAUUGAGAACUCCGGAGGAUACAAUCUGGCCGAUCACUGUGUCAUGUUGGUGCAACACUUUAAACUUUUGAAAGUCUGCUUUAUUUGACCACAAGUAUGUUACAGUCUUUUAACUUAUGCGUGCAGUAGGGGAAACCCUCUGCUCAGUGGCAGCUCUUUUUCUUUAACCAUGCAAAAAGAUUAAAUAUAUGCAAAAAAAAAAAAAAGAUGUUUAUAUAAUGGUUACUUACAAAAAAUGAGUCAGAGUCCAUCAGUUGAUCAGUGUUUAUUUAUACUUCGAUUCUAUAAAACUGUUCCAAAUCAAACAUUUACAAUGUCUCAAAGGUCAAAGUGAAUUUAUGUCAAUAAGCUGCUGGAAUUUGUUGUGGGGCAGAAUAACAAAAUAAAAUUCAGGGUUUCCAUUUGAUAUAUAUUUUUUGUUUUAUUUUGUUUAAAUCUUUUUAAUACUUUAUUAUGAGUAACAGCAGGUUUAUUUUCUUAGUAACACACUGAAUGUCCGACCGCCAACACUGUGAAGCGUUGUUGCACUGUGAGCCAAGCUGACAGUGUCUCCCAACUCCACUUACUGUCAUCAGUAGAGGAUAAGCUUUAUUUCUACACUGAGAGCUCUUUGCUUUGUUUUAACUAUUCACUGUUUUGCAUCCAAGAGUUAUUUUUCAACUCAGUUCCUACUAUGGAUAUAAUAUUUAAAAUCAAUUACAAAAUAUUUCUGUAAACUCAUUUGAUUCCUCUGAAUAAAGGCAAGAAUACAUAUCAAA